CCCCAACCUCUGGAUGGAUGGGGUUUCUCCUCUCUCCCUCAUCAACCAAAGCCUCCUAAUCAAAUUCCUUACAUAUUACGGACACGUCUUUCUCUAGAGAGAGAAUAAUAAUACUAAUAAAAUGUUGGACGGCGGGCGGCGCGGCGGUGGAUGUUGCUCCGGGAGGAAGAGAAAGGACCGACCCUACAAAGGGAUUCGCAUGAGGAAGUGGGGGAAGUGGGUCGCCGAAAUCCGGGAGCCCAACAAGCGCUCCCGGAUAUGGCUCGGCUCCUACUCCUCCCCGCUCGCCGCGGCCCGGGCCUACGACACCGCCGUCUACUACCUCCGCGGGCCGUCUUCGAGGUUGAAUUUCCCGGAGUUUUUCUCUAGUGACGGCGAAAGGCCUGCCGAUUUAUCCACCGACUUGAUCCGCAAGAAAGCAAUCGAUGUGGGCGUCAGAGUGGACGCCGUUCAAAACUCCCUCGGCGGCGGCGGAGGCGAGGGCCAAGCCAGCCCGCCGGCCCAAUCGACCGUGAAGCUGGACUUGAACGCCCAGCCCGAACCCGAAGAGCCGAAUCUGAAUUACGGCUAAGUUGCAUCUGCUCAUCCAUCAACUUCUUUCUUCAUAUGAUCAAAAGCUUUUCACUUUGAGCUGAUAUUUUAAUUUACUGUCAAAAGGAAUAAAUAAAUUAUCUCAUAUGCAUUCAGUUCCGCGAAAUUAAUUUGUCCUUCACUUCGAC